AAGCCUCUUUGCCUUGCUGUGGAGGGACCCUCACCUUGUGCCCUGACCUCAGCUUUCUCCCCAAACUUGGCUGAGGAGGGACCCACUUCUGGGCCUUGAUCGGCAAAGCCACCGACUUGCAGCCCAUAGGUCCCCAGCCCAGGGCCUGCUGCCCUCACUAUGGUGAAGUUGUUGCCGGCCCAGGAGGCAGCCAAGAUCUACCACACCAACUACGUGCGGAACUCGCGGGCCGUGGGCGUGAUGUGGGGCACGCUCACCAUCUGCUUUUCCGUGCUGGUCAUGGCCCUCUUCAUCCAGCCCUACUGGAUCGGUGACAGCAUCAGCACACCGCAGGCAGGCUACUUCGGUCUUUUCUCCUACUGCGUGGGCAACGUGCUGUCCUCCGAGCUCAUCUGUAAGGGUGGUCCCCUGGACUUUUCCUCCAUCCCCUCCAGAGCCUUUAAAACUGCCAUGUUCUUUGUGGCCUUGGCCAUGUUCCUCAUCAUUGGCUCCAUCAUCUGCUUCAGCCUGUUCUUCGUCUGCAACACGGCCACCGUCUACAAGAUCUGCGCAUGGAUGCAGUUGGCUGCGGCCACAGGCCUAAUGAUUGGCUGCCUGGUCUACCCAGAUGGUUGGGACUCGAGUGAGGUGCGGCGCAUGUGUGGGGAGCAGACGGGCAAGUACACACUGGGCCACUGCACCAUCCGCUGGGCCUUCAUGCUGGCCAUCCUCAGCAUUGGUGACGCCCUCAUCCUCUCCUUCUUGGCCUUCGUGUUGGGCUACCGGCAGGACAAGCUCCUCCCUGAUGACUACAAGGCAGAUGGAAAAGAAGAAGUCUGAAGCAGCAGAAGGGUCGGUUAUCUACUUCCCAGACAAUGGAAGAUUAGGGAAUCUAACUCUUCAGAGAUAAAAACUUGUUUCUUCCAAGCUUCCUCGUCCCUGGCUACUAUAGGCCUGAAGUCUUUUAUUAUAGGAUCAAAACCUGACAGUCUCCCGAGACAAGACCUACUCCUUCAGGUGAAGCAGAACUGCAGUGACCCACAUCAAAGAUAUUCAGAGGCAAAGUGGUGUGGAGAGAGCUCACCGCACCGACUGGAUCUCAAGUUCUCUCCCUGGUCCCUCACACCACCAAAUCACUUUACUUUCUUGGAGACUCUCCUCUGUAAAAUGGAAGGGCCGGAUGAGUCCAUCCCUAGGUGCUUCCCAGGUUUGUCUCUGAUAGCGCAGUUAAUGGAGUAUACACUCCUUUGGAAGCACAUGCACAGAAACACCCAACCAGCUACACAAGGGCUACUGAGAUUAAGGUGACUGGAAGCAUGCUGGAUCAUUUCAGGUUGAGGCUGAGGGGGUCUUUUGCUUUCCCCUUCUCAUAUUUUGUUUUUUUAUUGCUGCUCAGAUGGGGUAAGGAAUGGAAAGGUCACCAGAACCUGAAUCCUUUAGCAUCUACCAGGAAGUCUUAUAAAGAUUGGGUGAACAUAGGAUCUAAAAACUCCUGAGACUAAUUUGACUUUUUUCUCCCUGGGAACCAAAAUUCACAUUUCUUCAUAGUGCCCACACUGACUUGACCAGAACUGACUACCAGCUUCAGAAAUUUGUUACUUGUGUUCAGGUAAUUUGUUAGAAGAAUAGAUGACAAUUCUUGUCAAAAACUUUGUAUUUGGCUUACUAAAUGCCAGCCCCCAGAGGACAACUCGAUUUAGGUAAUACUUCACUGUACGUAGCAAAUGCCAAGAUGAGGAUAGGUUUUAUAGGCUGUUCCCCGAGUGAAGCAUGGUGCACAGAAACAGGGUUUUGUUGAUUAUCUGCAGUGAAUGAUCCUGAGGAAUAGUGUUUUUGUUGUCUUUGUCCAUUUACUCAGUAAAGAAACUAUCUGAGUGUGCUGUUCUCUCACAGGUGGAAAGAGGAUAAACGCUGAACAAAACCAUAAUGAACCUUGUUGCUUGAUCAAGCAGCAAUCCGUGACAUGGGGAAGUUUUCUUAUUCUUGGCUGUCAGGCAUUUCUUUGACCAGCGCACUCUGACAACCAGCCUAGUGUGCUGUUUCCUCUUCAAUUCAGAUAGGCUAGGAAUGAGUAUCCUACUGUUGUCUCAGUUAAAUUACUGAUGAUGGGAACUAUUAUAAUAGGAUUUGACUUUGUCACUACGUCCACAGAAGUCAGUUUACAAGAAUGAUCACAUUCAUAUUCUUUUGCCGAUAAAAUUAUUUAGGUCAUAGUCAGGCACCUACUUUAUGCAAGCUUGAUGAAUGACAGAAUUUGAUAAGUUCUGUAGCUUAGUGACUUUUCUAACUAUAUUUGUUCAUUUGUUUCUCGUACUUACUUUUUAGAGGUACAAGAAAAUUUUCUAAAAGCCUCUCUACCCUCAAAAUAUUUCUCACUGAAAUGGCAUAUAUGGUGGUCCACAGAAGCUACUGGGAGGCUUAAGGUGCAUCUGCCUACAGCCCAUACAUUGCUCUUAGAACAGUGAGUCAGCAAAGCAGGAGUUGAUGUUUACCAAUGACCAGUGCUUUUAUCUUCAAGGAAACUCAAUUCAAUCUCUCUAAUAAUAAUAAUCAUUUUGGUUCAGAUACAUAGUUAUCAGCCCUUUUCAAGUCGCUUUCCCUCAAAUCUCAUUCAUCUUUGAAAGUACAUAGAAUAAAAAAUCAAUAAAAUCACCAGUCCUCUUACCAGGUUGCCUUGUUUCUCACUUUUGGCUUGCCUCUGUCUUGGGCUGGGAUGUAGAGAUGAUGAUGGUGCCCAAGCUUCAAUGACAAUGACUAGCCCCAAGCAGAUGUUGAGAGGAAAGACCAGUAAUUAAUUUAUAGCUGAAAUGUGAAUUUGAAGGAUAUCCUAAAUGCUUUCAUUAUCUUACAAUCCUGUAUGAGUUACCUAUUGCUGCAUGACAAAUUACUCCAGAACUCAGUGGCUUAAUUAAAACACUUAUCUGUUUCUGUGGGUUAGGAAUCCCAGCAAGAUUUAGCUAAGUGUCUUUGCUUGUGUUUCUCACGAAGCUGCAAUUGGGUUGGAUCCUCUUCCAAACUCAGUGUGUUAGCAGGAUUGUUUAUCACAGGUUGUUGGAGCUGAGGGUGUGUUUUUUGAUGGCUGUUAAGCGCUUCUCAACAGGGCUACUCACACGGCAGCUUGCUUCCCCAGAGCAGGAGUUCCAAAAGAAAGCAGGACAGAACAAGAGAGGGUGCGGACAGAAGCCACAGCCCUCUUAUAACCCUAUCUCAGAGGCGACAUCCCAUCACUUGUGCCCUAUUCUGUUAAACAAAGUCCAGCCCACACUCAAGGCAAGCAGAUCACACAAGUGCAUGAAUACCAGAAGGUGGGAAUCAUUGAGGCCCUUCUAAAAGUUGUUUUCCAGUUGUAUUCGUAACUAAUUUUAUGCUGCAAUGGGCAUUUAUCAGAAUGUUUUACUGUAACAAAGAUUAGAUUCUGGAAGCCUUACAUGCCAAUGGACACAUUUGUUUUCUAAUAAAAGAUUGAUGAAGAUGAAAGCAGAAGAGCUCCAA